AUGGAAAAAGAACUGUCUGAAAAACAUCCACCUGAGAAACAGCUCUCUAAUAAUUCAGACAGUUCUGUCAACAAAGAAAAUGGCACCAAUAUUAUUACCAAUCUCAAUGCCAAUCACGAUGAUCACCCUGAAACUGAAACCUGUGAUCUGCUGGUGUCCCAGUCACCUAAAACAGAGGUUAAAGUGGAAGAAUCAGACAACAUAAGUCAUGAGAUUGAGGAAGUUCAUCAAGAGGAGAAAGAAAGUGAUGAAAAAAUUGAAGACAGCCCUCCUAUUCCUCCAGAAAUUAAUUAUACCAUUGAAACUGUCUCUCUAGAUAUUGAUCAGUUUCUUGUGACAUUGUCAUCCACUCCAAAAGAUGCAAUAGAGACAAUUGAUGGAGACUCGAAAGAAGAGAAAGAUGGGAAGGUUUCCAUAGAGAUUCCUGUGUUUGUUGAAAAAAAUUUAGAUCUUGUUGAAGAAAAGGUGGCAAAUCAUGACUUGAAUGAAGGGAAAAGGAAGUGGGGUCAAAAUCCUGAGGAGGAUUCAUCUUUUCUUGAAGCUAUAAAUCGAAUUUCCAAGCUAACAUCUUCCAUUGAUAAAUUGAGACCCGAUCCAAAUCCUGCAGCAUUGAUCAACCGCAUUGGAGGAAUUCAGCAACAAGCAAUGACAUGCUUGGAGAAUGAAUUCAAGGUCAUUCUUGAAGAUAUUAAACACAGUGAUCAAGAUCCUACUAAUGAUGCAAAAGGGAAACAACAUGAAGCUGAUCACAGCGUAGUGCAGGAAUCUGAAUCAAUAGAAACUGACAACGUUUUAGGAUAUUCUGAUUAUGCUGUUUCCAUUUUGAAUAGAAUUGCGAAGGCUAUGAUUGAAGGAGGAUUUGAAUCUGAAUGUUGCCAACUGUACAUAAUGAUUAGGGGGCAAGCAUUUGAUGAGUGUUUCAUUGAGACAGGAUUUGAGAAGAUCAGCAUUGAUGAGGUGCAAAGGAUGCCAUGGGAAGCAUUGGAGAGAGAGAUCCCUAUAUGGAUCAAGGCCGUCAAGGAAUGUGCAAGCAUUUACUUCGUGGAAGAGCUAAAGCUCGCCGAGGCCAUUUUCUCCGAUUAUUCCUCGAUCUCCUCUAGCCUUUUUAGCAAUCUUAUACGCACUGUGAUGAUCCAGCUUCUCAAUUUUGCUGAAGGAGUUGCAAUGACAAAGCGCUCGGCAGAAAAGUUAUUCAAGUUUCUUGACAUGUACGAAACUUUGCGCGACAGUCUUCCAGCCAUGGGGGCUUUGUUUUCGAAGGAAUAUGAAAAUGAGCUUAAAACAGAGACAACAACAGCUCGGUGUCGGAUUGGAGAGGCUGCCAUCUAUAUAUUUUGUGAUUUGGAGAAUUCAAUCAAGUCUGAUACAGGAAAAACUCCAGUGCCUGGUGCUGCAGUACACCCGUUGACUCGCUACACGAUGAAUUAUUUGAAGUAUGGAGGUGAAUACAAGGCAACUCUUGAGCAAGUCUUUCGAGAACAUUCAAAGAUCGAACGAGCUGAUUCAACAAGUAGACCACGUUUGGAAUGCGAGACUCAAAACUCCAACAAUGACAUCGCUGAAGAAAAUCAGUCUCCAUUUUCAAAUCAAUUGAUGAGAGUUAUGGAUUUAUUAGACUCAAAUUUGGGGGCCAAGUCGAAGCUUUAUAAGGAUAUUGCGUUGAGCUGUAUUUUCAUGAUGAAUAACGGACGGUACAUUGUGCAAAAGAUAAAAGGAUCCACAGAGAUCCAUCAAAUGAUAGGAGAUACAUGGUGCCGCAGGAAGUCUUCGGAGCUCAGGAACUAUCAUAAGAAUUAUCAAAGAGAGACGUGGAGCAAACUCCUCAGUUGUUUAGGCCACGAGGGACUGCAAGUGAAUGGAAAAGUAAUUAAGCUAGUGUUGAAAGAGAGGUUCAAGAGCUUCAACAUGUUAUUUGAUGAGAUCCACAAGACGCAAAGCUCAUGGGUGGUGAGUGAUGAUCAACUUCAAUCAGAGCUUAGAGUUUCUAUAUCAGCGGUGGUGAUACCAGCUUACCGGUCCUUUUUGGGGAGGUUUUCACAAUAUUUAACCUCCGGAAGGCAAUCGGAAAAGUACAUAAAAUAUCAGGCUGAAGAUUUAGAGACUUCCAUUGAUGAACUUUUUGAUGGAAAUCCUGCGUCCGUGGUCCGAAAGAGACCAUAA